AUGCCAAUCAAAAAGCAGAGUAAUGAUAUAAAUAGGAAUAAAAGAGAUAUAUUUGGAAGAGACCUCUCAUACUUACUGAGUUGUAUUGAAGAAGAGGGGGACCUCAAUGAAAUAGAUCUUUAUUCAAGUGAUUAUGAAAGUGGUUAUUCACCAUUACAUGUCACCCUGAAACGUGGACUGUUGAGAAAGAGUUUUAAACUUUAUAAAAUUUGGAAAGAUGAAAAGGAAUAUCUUUCACAUAAAUUCGGUGGUCACGUAAUGAACCAACUAGAUAGAGAAGGUUUAACACCAUUAGAGCUGUAUUCUGAAGAAUAUAGAAGACUAGUUAACAAAUUUCCACUUUAUCUAGGUUAUAGAACUGAAAAUGGCCUUUCUAACGUACAUUGGGAAGGUUCCAAGAAUUCCGAUGAGGUUAAAAGACAUGUAAAAAAUUUCCUUUCUCUACCUCUAGAGAAAUUAGAACAGGAUAAACUUCAACAUUUAGGAGGUUCACAUGUUUUGCAAUUGGGUUCCAAUGUUAAUUACCAGUUAGGGACAGGUACUAAGGAUGACCGUCAAAAUUUCUACCAAAUUAAUGUGCAUCAAUUGGAAACCUCAUCUAUGUUAUUGCCAAAUUUAAGAAUAAGGAAUUCCUAUAUAACGAGAUAUCAUUCUUUAAUUAUUACGUCAAAUAAUGAAAUAUUUACAUGUGGUAAUAGUAACAGAGGACGUGUAGGUAACGGUGUUAUAGAUUUACCUCAGUCUCACUAUGCAAAAGUCGAUGGUUUACCAAAGUUAGAGAUAAAAGAAAUCAAAACUAGUGAUCACCAUACUAUGGUUUUAUACAAAAAUGGUGAUAUUUAUUCAUGGGGGUGGAAUUAUUAUGGUCAAUUGGGCCACUCAAUGUCAAGACAAUUAGAUGACCCAAAAAAUUCACAUAAUGUUUGUUCAAUGGUACCCAAACGAUUGACAAUUUUGGAGAAUGAAGAAAUAACUUCAAUUUCAUGUUCCAAGAUUCAUUCUUGUGUAGUAACUAAAAAAGGUCAGAUCUAUUUAUGGGGUUUAAAUGUGGGGCAAUUAGGUUCAUCUAAACCAUCGCAUUUAGUACCAUCAACGGAAUACAUGGGGCAAGAAGGGUUUUUGGUUAAUAAACCAGUUGUUGUGAAUUUUCUAAAUUCAGCGAUUGAACAAGUUGUAUGUACAGAAUUUGCAACGUUUAUCCGAACCCAAGGCAAUACUUUACAUGUUUUAUCGAACUAUACAACAAGAACAUUUAGAUUAUACUUACCGAAAAGCAAGGGCUUUAGGGAAUUAGAUGCAUUUAAACAUUUCUCGCCAAGAGAAAUUCCAAACACUAUUGUUGAUAUGAAAUGUAAAAACCCAUAUGGUAAUAAUAUAUGCUUUAGAUAUAGCUGUGGGCGAGUGGCUAUAAUAAGUGCUAAAAAUGAAUCUCCAUCAUUGUGGGCAAAGUUUUCUAAUAUUCCACCCAUAAGUGUGUGCUGGUUACCAAGACAUAGCUUUAAACAGUGUCUUGACUUUGAUGUUGGAUCAAGAAAAGGAAUAAUUUUAUCAACGAUUGGUGGAGAUAUAUAUACUUCGAAAAGUACGGAUGGUACUUUUGAAAAGAUUUUUAGUGAAAAAAUUGUAUCUGGUCGAAUUAUAUCUGUAUCUUGUGAUUCACAAUUUGGUUCGUUUUCAAUUACAAAGGAUGAAGUGAAUAACAUUCCAAUAAUUUAUCCAAAAGAUCCUUUAAGAUAUAAUUUUUCCUCUUAUUCUCCUAUAAAGGGCUUUUCAAAUUCCAAAAAAGAUAUCAAUUAUGGUAUAUUAAACUUCAAGGAGUUCGAAGCGGAUGAUUACAGUGCUAACUAUCCUCUAGAUACGAAGACAAUUAACGAUGAGUAUGAAGGACCUCUUGUCUUAAAAAAUCAAAAGUUCCAAUAUGCAGAGCUUAAAAAUAAGAAUAUAACAAGUAUCUCACAGCAUUCCGAAAUAAGUGUACCAUAUGAUGUCACAUUUAUUGAUGAAUUUUCUGGUGAGAUCAUAUGCAACUGCCACAAGCUGCUAAUUCAUAUGAGAUGUAAUAAGUUAUUGAAAAGAUGGAAGUUAAGUGAGCCUUAUAUUUUCAAUAAUGGAAAAUCAAAACUUACAUUGCUUUCACCAUUUGAGUCAAGUAAAUGGACAGUAAAGUUAGAAACUACUAAUGGAGACUUUAACUUUAAGAAUUAUUUAUUAGAUGUAAUUCAUUAUCUAUACUCAGAUGAAAGACCAAAUGACCAAAAGGUUUCCAGAUUUUUGAUUGAUUUAGUUGAUAAUUCAUUGCACUAUUCUAAUAUGUCAGAGUCUUUACAUAACCUAUUUACUAUUUGCCAGGGCGAAAUAUUUGAUGCAUGCGCAGAACCAGAUGUAAGAAUUAUUACCAAUGAUGGUAUUAUAUCUGCCCAUUCUAUGAUAUUAGCAACUAGAUCUUCCUAUUUUGAUUCUCUUUUUGCGGCAAAUUGGAUUCCAAGAGAUCACGAGAAUAAUAGAGUCGUAGAUUUUUCACAUUUUAACCAUAUUUCAAAAUCUCAUUUUGAGUGUAUUCUUAAGUACCUAUAUGGUUAUUCAUAUGAUUCAAUUUUUGAUGAUCUUAGCGUAGGUUCCAUGACAACAGGAUUGCAGUUUUUGUUUGACUUAGUUGAAUUAUGUGAUGAAAUUAAUUUGGAACAGUUCAAAAAUUACUUAGAAUCCGAAAUUGGUAAGUAUAUCGAAGGCAGCAAUAUCGUUUCUGUAUUUAUAAAUGCUGUAUUUUAUAAUUGUGAACUGCUUCAGAUUAAAUGUGCCUGGAUCAUAACUUCUAAUAUUGGAAUAUUAUUUUCAAAGAGCAAUGUUGAUCUAAUAAUGGAAUAUUUUGAUGAUGAGAUAUGGAAUAUAUUAGAAAAUUCUUUAUUAGAAUUGAAAGAAAGUUCUAUUAGGACUACAGAAGACCGCUCUUGGUAUACUAAUUCUUCAUUUGGUUGGAUUCAACAGUUUAAAACUAAUCUCCAAGAAUUCAACAGGAAAUUUAUGGGUCUUGAGACUUUUAAUCCAUCAUUUGAUAAUAAAGUGGUAAUGAGCAACUGUAAAGAGAAAGCAACUCCUCGGAGAGCUUCUUCUGGAGUUUUGUCAGGUUCAACAAGACGACUAUCUAGCACUCAAAGAAAAUUUUCAAAUGACCAUAAACAAUUAGAGAUUUCGUCUUCAUAUUCUUUAUCAAAUUGGUCGGAUCUAUCUAUUAGUGAAUCGAGUGCAAUAGAUGAUAGUGAUAAUUUCAUCGAGGUAGUAAAGAAGUCUAAAAGAAAGGGGUCAUUAGAACCUUCAAAGGAAAUCGAAGAAGUUAAGGUAAAUCUUGAGGAGCAAAAUAUCUCAGUUGUUCAUAAAGACAUUGUUGAGGUAAAUGAAAAACUACCUUCUUUACUAUCCUUAAAUGAAGAUGCGCCAGAUAAUAAUUCAAAUUUGAAUAAACCAAUAAAUAAGCAAAUUGGCAGUUUUAAGAAGAAUUCUCAGAAACAAAGGAAGAAACAAUUUCUAUUUGAAGAAUCUGAAGAGGAGAAAAAGGGCAAAGAAAAAGCUUUCCAGAAGAGUAAAGCUGCAUGGGGUAAAUAUAAUUGUGAAGAGAAGGAAAACAUAAAUCAAAAGACCACUAUUACUACAGAAAGUAAAAAAGUUAGUAGACCAAGUUCCUUACCUUCACUCUACGAUUCAAGGGAAGCAAAUGAAACUAAAAGUAAGAAAAACAAGGUGCCAAAAAAUAUCAGCAAAGACAAUUUGCAUAUGCCCUUCUACAAUGCAUCUAAGUUAGUACCAAGAAAUGCUAUUGAUGUUAUGUUAGAUAAGGAAAAGCUUGGGAUUGUAGAACCAACAAUGUUGUCUGAAUCUGAACGUGAGGCUGCAGAGGAAUUUGAAAAGUGGUUUGCUUCAGAAAGUAAAAAGGUCCAAAAGCAGUUAAACAAAAUAUCAUCGAAUAACGUUACCGAUCAACUCGAUGUCCUUUAUAGAAGUAGUACAAAUGUCCCAGGCACGACUAAUUUAAAUGGUCAAUCAAAGAGUAAGAAGGUUAAGUUCCCAAGAAAGAAGAGAGGUUUGACAGAGCAAAUUGAGAUAUAA